CCCCCCAAACGCACAUCCUCCCACGCAGCUCCUGCAGCCCGCGGUCAGCUGCACCGUCCGGCACUGCGCACCGCAGAUCCCCGCACCGGCGAAGGCACAGGAGAGCCGCCAGGCACGGGAGGAGCCGGUUUCCCACCAGCGACUGUGGCAUCCCACCGAGCGGUGCCGUGCCGGGGCCAUGGGGCCACGCGGGGUCUGCUUCCCCGUGGCUCUGCUCGUCCUGGCAGCUGCGGGGGUCCGGAGCCAGGCGGCGGGACCGUGUGCCCUCCACGUGCUGGUGGCCCUGGACGUCACCGACUACCAGCAGUCCAACCUGCAGCCCUACCUGGAGCGGGUCCUGCGGGACCUGGCCGCGCUAGACCACCUCACCUGCAGCCCGCUCAACCUGAGCAUCAGCCUGCAGAGCGCGCGGCGGGACGGGGACGCUCUCUUCCAGGAUCGGCUGCGAGAGCCCUGGGUGGAUGUGCUGCAACGCCUGGUGCGGGCACACGCCUUCCAGCGCUCCUACCUCAACCAGCCGGCCCUGCAGAGCUUCCUCGGCACCCUGGCACAGCAGGCGGCCGACGCCAAGGUGCUGCUGGUGUUCACGGAUGGGCUUGACGAUGAUGCAGGGAAGAUGAAGGAGGCGGCAAUGUCAGCUUGGCUGCAAGACCAGGCGGACCUGCUGGUGAUGGUGGCAGUGAACAAUGUCACGGGGCUGGGGGACCUGCAGCAGAUGGAGUUCGGGCGAUGGCUGGGGAGCGGGCAGCAGCUCGCCGUGGACAUGCCGGAGGCCGGCGGGCACGUGGCACAGGAGCUGCUGGCCCUGGCAGAGCGGAUGUGCUGCCAGAUGUGUCCCUGCACCUGCGUGGGGCUGCCCGGUCCGCGAGGCCCCAGCGGCCCCCGGGGGGGCAAGGGGGUGACAGGCAGCAAGGGACGCACUGGAGACGAGGGCGAGCACGGGCACAGCGGGGAGCAGGGACCACAAGGUCUCCAUGGCAGCCGAGGGAUGCAGGGAUGCCCAGGACAGUGUGGACCAAAGGGCUUCGUGGGUCACCCUGGGGAGCAGGGUCCUCCUGGAGAAGCCGGCUCCGACGGCGUGGACGGGGAGCAGGGCGAAGUGGGGACCCCCGGCCGCCCCGGAGAGAAAGGGUCGCGGGGGAGGCAGGGGCAGAAAGGCUCCCGGGGUGCCCGGGGGGACAAGGGCCCCCCAGGCGCUUGUGGAGAGGUGGGGCCACCCGGGAGGAGCAGCCCCGAGCCCGGCACCCCGGGGUGGAGAGGAGAUGGGGGUCCCCAGGGAGACCCUGGCCAGGAUGGUCCCCCGGGGCCAGUGGGACCCCCAGGACCCCCCGCUCACCCGACCUCAUGCCAGAAAGGGCAGCGGGGAGUGCAGGGCAAGAAGGGGAACCGUGGCAGCCCCGGCCCCGGGGGACAGAAGGGCUACGGAGGUGCCCAGGGGAUGCCAGGGCCGCGGGGGGCGAAGGGUGCCACCGGCCGCCUGGGGAGCAGAGGACUUCAGGGUCUGCCCGGAGCCGAGGGCUCCCAGGGAGCAGCUGGCCCAGCCGGCCCCAAAGGGGAGAAGGGACAGGCAGGAGCCGAGGGCAGGAAGGGGAGCGUGGGACCGCGGGGGCCCAAAGGUGCCCUGGGUGAGAACGGAUGUGACCGGAGAGGUGGUCCGGGCAGGAAGGGGGCCAAGGGCGCUCGGGGCCUGCCGGGGUACCCCGGGGCUCAGGGUGAUGGGGGCGAGAGAGGAGAGCCGGGGGACAAGGGCGAGCGAGGGCUGCCGGGGCGCAGGGGCAAACCCGGGAGCAGAGGAGAAGUGGGCGGCCGCGGCAGCGCAGGACCUCCAGGAGAGAUGGGCCCAAAGGGCUUGCCGGGCAUUCCCCCCUCCACGCCUUGCGAGCUCAAGGCUUUCAUCCGCCAGAACUGCGUCACCACCUCGCCCUCCUGCCCGCUCUUCCCCACCGAGCUGGUUCUGGUGCUGGAAACCUCGUCCACGGUGCCGCCAGCCCUCUUCUCUCGCAUGAAGGAACUGCUGGCCCUGCUGCUGCGGGACCUGCAGGUCUCCCCGUUGGGUUGCCCAGCGGGGGCCCGGGUGGCCAUGCUGGCCUACGCGGCCACCCCCACCUACCUGCUGCGUGCCGGGGAGGCGGGGAGCAGGGCCGCGCUGCUGGGACGCCUCCGCCGCCUCUCGCCCACCCGCUCGUCCCGGCGCGGCCGCCUGGCCGCUGCCAUGCGCUUCGUGGGGCACCACACGCUCAAGAGGGUCCGGCCGGCCGCCCUGGGCAGGAAGGUGGUCCUCUUCAUCACCAGCGGCCGGAGCCAGAACCUGGAGGGAAUUGGGGAGGCUGCUCUGCAGUACGAAGCGUUGGGCAUCGUGCCGGCGGUGCUCACCUUCAGCCCACUGCCCGAGGUGGUGCGGGCUUUCCAGGUCAACAGCCUCUUCCAAGUGGUCCAGCUCUCCGCAGCAGAGCCGGCCAGGAACGCGGCGGUGCUGCGGGAUGUGGUGCUGCCCUGCGUCCUCUGCUUCGACCUCUGCCACCCUGAGGGCUGUGCCGCGGCCGUGCCGUCCCCUGGCCCGCUGGACGUGGACCUGGCCUUGGUGGUGGACAACGCAGCCCCGGGGAUGCUGGCGGAGAGGCUGGAGGCCAUCGGUGACCUCUUCCACCGCCUCCUGGGGCACCUGCAGCUUGCAGGGACAGAUCCGGCAGAGCACGGUGCCCGCAUCGCCCUGGUGCUGACGGGCCCCUCUGCCCCUGGGCAGGGUUUGGCCGAGGUGCCCUUCGGGCUGCCCGGCUCCAGGGAGCAGCUCUGGAACCGCAUCCGCCUCGCGCUGGUGCCCAGGGUGGCCGUGGCAUCCGCCGGCAGCACGGUGGCAUGGACCCUCCGGCACACCUUCCCGCAGAGCUCCGGCAGCCGGCUGCGCGUCCUCUUCGUGGUGUGGACAGGGGCCACGGUGCUGUGGGAUGGGGAGGCACAGCAGGCGCUGGCCCCCUUCGCCCGGUGUGAGGAUUUCGGUGUCUUGGUGCUCUCCCUGGGGCGAGCCGGGACGGAGCGGCCGGAGGCGGCUGUGCCUGAGGCGCUGCCGGAGUGGCGGUGCCAUUCCCUGCGCCUGGGCUCGGUCCACCCGCCCGAAAUGGGGUAUGCGGAGCGGACGGCGCUGGGCUUCCUCAGGAGGCUGCGGGCGGAGAGCAGCCAGCGCCCCAGCACCCCAGGGUGCCCCCGGGACCUGCCACCCCCCAGCGCUGGGACCAGCGAGCUCCCCUCGGGGACCCCUGCGCAGACCCCCGCCGUGUCCCGCACUGGGAUGUCCAUGGCACCCCUUGGCCCCAGCAAGGGCCGGAGGGCUGUGGCCAUCCCUGGAGCGUGUGGGCUGGACAAGGACCCCGGCAGCGCCUGCGCCCGCUUCGCCGUGAUGUGGUACCACCGACGGGAGACGGGGUCCUGCGAGCGCUUCUGGUACGGGGGCUGCGGGGGCAACGCCAACCGCUUCGGCAGCGAGCGGGACUGUGUCCGCGCCUGCGUGGACCCGGGUCUCGACAGAGCCGACGUGGGCGAGAGCAACGUGACGCAGGCUGCCUGCCUGGAGGCGCGGGACGCGGGGCCCUGCCGCUCCUUCUCCCCCAAAUGGUUCUUCGAGGGCCGCCAGCCCGGGCGCUGCUCGCUCUUCUGGUACGGGGGCUGCGGCGGCAGCCGCAACCGCUUCGAGACCCGGGAGCAGUGCGAAGCCGUCUGCCUGCCCCCGGGCAGGGCUCGAGAAACGAGGACGCUUGAAUUAUUGCACAAGGACCUCGGGGUCCUGCCAAGUUUCUGACAGCUCAUCUUCAGCUGCUCCAUCCUGGGGGAAGGGGGGUGAGCCGGUGGAGCGGGUGCUGAGCCCUUGCAAAACUCUGCUCACCCCCUGCCAUCCGCUGCUCCGGGUGGAUGCUGGUACCCAGGGCUGGCUGGCCAACCAUUUCCAAAUAAAAAUCCACCCUGU